GGGCUAAAAGGGGAAUGUACAAUCCAUCGAAGAACACGCGGGGAAAUUGGUUCUGGUUUCUAGGGUUUAAUCGAGCUCUCCGAUUCCACCCGCAGAGCACCCAAUCCGUUUCCCCGUCGCUCUGAUCAAUCAAAGUUCACAAAUUCUAGGGUUUUUUUCAAGGUUGAAGGUGGUAUUGCGACGAUGACUCGGGUUUAUGUUGGGAAUUUGGACCCUCGAGUGAACGAGAGGGAUCUGGAAGAUGAAUUUCGGAUGUUCGGCGUUCUUCGCAAUGUAUGGGUUGCACGAAGACCGCCAGGAUAUGCAUUUAUUGAAUUUGAUGAUCGCAGGGAUGCUCUAGACGCGGUUCAAGCUUUGAAUGGUAAAAAUGGAUGGCGUGUGGAGCUUUCUCACAAUUCUACGGGUAGUGGAGGCCGUGGUGGUGGUGGACGUGGGCGUGGUGGAGGAGAGGACUUAAAGUGUUAUGAGUGUGGUGAACCUGGUCAUUUUGCUCGAGAAUGUCGCACGCGCGUUGGUUCACGAGGAGUGAGUAGUGGAAGGCGUCGAAGUCCAUCCCCUCGACGCCGCAGAAGUCCUAGUUACGAUGGCUAUGGGCGCAGGAGUUAUAGUCCGCGUAGGAGAAGAUCACCUCCACGACGCCGUAGUGUUACACCUCCUCGACGUGGACGGAGCUAUAGCAGGUCUCCUCCACAUCGCCAUGCUCACCGUGCUUCACCUUAUGCCAAUGGGGACUAAGCUGGAAUUGGAGCAACUGCUGGAUGACUUGGAAGGAUGAUAUCUCUGCUAUAUGGUAGUUCUAGUAGGAUUGACGAGAAUCAUGUUAGUUAUGUCGAUGUCGUGACAAUGGGUUUUAUUAGAAACUUGGAUUGGAUGACUUGGACAUCAUUUGCCUCGGCUUUCUCACUUCUGCGUGCUAAAAAUUUGAGGUUGCUUUCCUACUUUGAAGGUGCUAUAUUAUAUCUGUUUAUAUAUGAUUUUAUGUGAACUCUUUCUUUGUGGUUGGAUUUUCA